AUGGCGCCCUCAGCGAUCUACGAACCGCUCCCUGCGACGAAAGGGCCGAGGGAAGACCUCCCACCACCGACGACGUACCAUGUCAAGGACCUCAAGUUCGAGAAAAUCAUACCGCCACAGCCAGACGGCCGCGAGAAGGCGUUACAACAGCCGGAAGGCAGCGCUGCAAUUGUAAUAGAUAAUGGGUCCUCCUCAGUCCGCGCAGGAUGGAACUUCGAAGACACGCCCCGGUUUUCCAUACCGCCCAUCAUGGCCAAAUACCGCGACCGGAAGCUGGGAAAGACAUUCUCUUUCGCCGGGCUGGACUGCUAUUCCGACACCACCGCAAGAGGUCACAUACGGAAUGCGUUUGAGCAGGGCACGGGGGUGGUCAGCAACUGGGAUGUCAUGGAGCAUGUACUUGACUACUUGUUCCUCAAGCUGGGAAUGAAUGGUGUCGAGGGAAACAUCGACAUGCCCAUCGUCAUGACCGAGGCGGUUGCGAAUCUGCCAUAUUCGCGGAAGUCUAUGACCGAGAUUAUCUUCGAAUGCUACGGCGCCCCGAGCUUGACCUACGGAAUCGACUCCUUGUUCUCGUACCGACACAAUGGGGGCAAAACCGGCCUUGUCGUGUCGUCUUCAUACAGUUCCACACACUUGAUACCAGUCUACAGCCAAAAGCCGAUGCUGGCUCAGGCUAUCCGCCUGAAUUGGGGUGGCUACCACGCUGCCGACUACCUGAUGAAGCUGCUACGCCUCAAGUACGACCAUUUCCCCGGGAAAAUGAACCUCUCCCAGGCGGAGUUCAUGGUGCGGGAUCACUGUUACCUCUCAAAGGACUACGACAACGAGUUGGCGACAUACCUCGACUGGACAGGUCUCGAAGACCGGGAACGAAUUAUACAAUACCCAUACACGGAGGAAGUCAUCGUUCAAAAAUCGGAAGAGGAGCUGGCGAAGAUCGCAGAGCGCAAGAAGGAGAGUGGUCGUCGACUGCAGGCGCAAGCCGCUAAGAUGCGGCUUGAGCGGUUGAUGAAGAAAGAGCAGGAUUUGGAGUACUACAAGGAUGUCCAACGACGACUUGUCGACCAGAACAAGAAAGAGACAAAGCGUAUCCUGGACGACGCCGAAGUGAAAGACGAGAACCAGCUUGCGAAGAUAAUCAAGGAGCUCGAGGGCUCUAUCAAGCGAGCCCGACAAAAGGACCUCGGCGGAGAAGUCGAAGAAGAGCAAGUCGAGGAGCCUUCGUACCACCUGCUCGAAGUUCCCGAUGAUCAACUAGACGAUGCAGGACUCAAAGAAAAGCGCCACCAGCGACUUCUCAAAUCGAAUCACGAGGCAAGAGCGCGGGCCAAGGCAGAAAAAGAGGCCGAAAAGGCUCGAGUUGCGGAGGUGGCUCGCCUGGACGAGGAGAAACGCACCAAUGAUUUGGAAUCCUGGUUAGAUGAGCGACGACAGGCACGCCUCGAGACGCUCGGGAAGAUUAAAGACCGUGACCGUCUCAAGCAGGACCUAGGCAACCGCAAGUCCCUCGCCAGCCAGAUGCGCAUGAAGACGCUGGCCAACCUCGCCUCGGAUAAUCCAGCAGCCGCCACAGGCCGCAAACGCCGGCGAGGCGGAGACGACGACGACUUCGGCGCGGACGACGCGGACUGGGGCGUCUACCGCAACGUCGCAGUCGGCGCCAACAAGGGCGACAGCGACGACGAGGACGAGGAGGAGAACCUGGACGUCACCAUCAAGAACCUCGAAGAGGACCUCCUCAAGUACGACCCGAACUUCACUUACGAGCACACCCUCGAAGCGCAGAAUAACUGGACAAAGUCCAUGCUCCACGCGUGGCGCUACGGGCCGCGGCCGGACAACGGCACCCAGGCGGAGCGGAACCAGCUGCACCUGAACGUGGAGCGCAUCCGCGUGCCGGAGGUUGUCUUCCAGCCGGGGGCCAUCGCGGGCGUCGACCAGGCCGGCAUCGUCGAGAUCGCGGGGGACAUCCUGACGCAACGACUAACGGCCAUCCCGGGCAUCGACAGGAACGACUUCCUCAAGGACAUCUUCCUCACGGGCGGCGCGACGCUCUUCGAGAACUUUGACGAGCGGCUGAGGGGCGGCCUGCAGGCGCUGCUGCCGGCCGAGUCGACCAUACGAGUCAGGAGGGCCAAGGAUGCCGUGCUCGACGCAUGGAAGGGCGCGGCGGGCUGGGCCGGCACCGACGAGUGGAAGAGGGCGAGGGUCACGAGGGAGGAGUACCUCGAGAAGGGGCCGGAGUGGUUCAAGACCGCCCGCGUGACGCUCGGUGGCGAGAAAGGCUGA